UUGGAAGCCAUGUUGAUUAUUUUCUUUCUUUUUUCGUCAUGUACCGACUCACAUGUAUUUGAUGAGAACGAAAACGAUCACGCAAGAGCAAGAACCACGAGAAACAUGGUGGUUAGAAGAGGAAUUUAGAUGGUGGUGUUCUUUUGUUCCUGCGAUAAAUUGUGCUGGGAAAAUAACAAAUGUUGAAGUGAUUGCUUUGAAAUUUGUUGUGAAUACUGGAGAAGAGUAGCGAAAAUGUCUACAAUGCAUUUUGUGGUUCAUCCUUUGCCUGGCACUGAGGAUCAAUUGAUAGACAGACUCAAAGAAGUCGCUGAACGUUGGAAUAGAUAUGGAACUGGCGCCGGGUCAUCUGCGCUCAGUUCGCUCCGCGGAGUGCGUGCUGUGGCCGCGGGGCCGGCCCACAUCGCGUGCUUGCUGGAAGACGGCACCAUCUGCCGCGCCGCCUUCUCCAUCAUCCCCGACAGAUUAGACUUGAGCAAAACUGACGCGAGUAAAAACGGGGGCAAUGGCGGAGGUGGCAGCGGCGGUGGCGGCACGAGUGGUGGCAAGCAGGGCGGAGGCGGCGGCGGCGGCGGCUGCGGCUCCCGGCAGCAACCCCGCACUAGAGCCCGUAUCACUAGAAAUUCAAUCAGAGCUGCACCUAGCUCGCAAGGUUCAACAAGCCGUGCAACAGGCGUUAUAAUAGGCGCCUCGGGUUCAGGACGAGUGGUGUCGGUGCCGGCGCCGUUUGUACCUGAAGACCUGGUCACGCAGGCUCAAGUUGUCUUGCAGGGCAAAAGCAGAAGUCUCAUUAUCAGAGAAUUACAGCGUACAAACCUGGACGUGAACCUGGCGGUGAACAACCUGCUGUCGCGCGACGACGAGGAGGGCGAAGAGCCGGAGGGUGGCGAGGGCGGCGACGGGUACGUGCCCGAGGACCUCAUCUCGCUGCUGGACGGCGGCUUCCACGCCGCGCAGCAGGACCACUCCGUCAUCAUCGACGCCGAUGCGAUGUUCUCCGAGGACAUCUUCGGGUACGCGGCUAUCAGAAGUCGUAGCGGCGGCGGCGGUGGCAGCAGCGGGCGCGGGGGUGCUAGUCGCGAGAGUAGCAGCUCCACUCAAGAGCGCCCCUCUGAGUUCAGCCGCUGGCGUGAACGACAAUAUUUCGGACCGCGCCGAUGGCUGGAAUCGGCGCUUCGUGACACUUCUUGGGAUAAAGAAGGAGAUGAAAACAUUACAGGCGAGAGUAAAAAGAAGGAUUCAGCUAUGGCCGCCUCUCCGCUCUGGGUAUCAGAGGAGCUAGAGUAUUGGGACAGCAGCAUUCGCUUCACCCACAUCGCGGCCACGUACAGCGAGCUGGUAGCAAUCUCUACCACCGGACAACUGCACCAGUGGCGCUGGGCCGACGCACACCCUUAUCAGCGUGGCGAUGGCUCCAACAACACGUACCAUCCGCGCGCCAACUGGCUCUGUAUGGCGGCGGGCGAGCGCAUUGUCAACAUCAGCGCCGCCGGCAUCCGCGUCUCCGUGCUCUCCGACGCCGGACGUAUUGCUACUUACCUUGAUGAAUCUAUUGCGCACGCUCCGGGCGCGUCUCGUUUAGAGCAUCCUCUGCAGACAUUCACGGAGUUUGGAACCGACAAGGCAGUGUCUCUCCACGUCUGCUCGCUGUACACUGUCGCGAGACUCGAUUCUGGAGCGCUCUAUUGGUGGGGUGUACUCCCGCUGGGCCAACGCGCCCGCCUGUGGGAGAAGCACCGCGCCCGCUCCCGCAAGCAGCAGCGCGGGCACUCGUCCACCGCGCCCCAGGACUUGCAGGCUGGACAGAGCGUCACCAUGAAGAACGCGCCCAUGUACCAACCUGGCGCCGUCGGUUUCAACAUGUCUACGGGCGUACCGAAAGUGGGUGUGCUGCAAAACGCGGCUUGGAACCUGUCUGACGUGUGCCGCUUCAAGCUGCUGCCGCCGCCGCAGCCCGACCGCUCCGUCUCCGAUAAGGACAAGAGAGAGAUACAGAAUCAAUCUCCUCUGACGGUGUCGUCGGUGAAGGCGUCGUCGUCUAGCAGCGGCAGUAAGGACAGCGGCAAAGACAGCAAUAAGGACAUGGCCGACCGGCUCGACAUGCCGCCGCCGCCGAGCCCCGCCUCGUCCACGUGCAGUGACACCAGCACGUCGCAUAAACGAGCGAAACGCGUCACUGUCCGUGGGGAAGAAGGUUCUUCGAACGACGGCUCAAAGCGCGACGAGGAGGAGUGGCCGCUCAAAGAAGUCGUUUUCCUCGAAGACGUUAAGAGCGUGCCGCUAGGACGCGUAUUGAAAGUGGACGGCGCUUAUGCUGCAGUUAGAUUCCCGACAGUGGGCAAAGAUGGAAAGGAAGUGGUGCCAUCGACGGCUGAUGAUUGGACGGCGUUGCUGCAAGACUGCCGGUUGGUGCGCAAGGAUGACUUGGUUGCGGUGAAGUGGGGCGCUGGGGGCGCAGCCGGGCCUCGCGGGCCGGAUUGUCUCCAGCGUUCGCCAAGGAAGAUCGCUCUGCCGCCAGAAGUUCAAGUCAUUACUAUUGCUGUGGACAGUCGCGGCGUCCAUGCCGUAGUGCGCCGUCCUGGCGGUACUCUAGCGUACGCGGUGUACGCGGUGGGAACCACCCGCGCGCUCACCGACAGCACGUUCCCGACCGACAACACCGCUCUACUCGGACACUCCAACGGACAGGCCAUACAACUCGCCACCGCGGCUGAAGGUAGCGAGGCAGUGGUGAUGAUGGUGGACGGCAACAGCGCGCUGUACCCGGUGUCGCGCGACUGCGUGGGCAUGGUGCGCGAGCCGCCGCCGCUCAACCUGCCGCCGGCGCGCGCGCUGGCCGCGCACGCGCUGCCGCUGCAGCCGCACGGCGCCGCGCACACGCACCACGCCGCGCUCAAGUCGCAGGUGGCACUUAUAAUCAUCGUUCCUGAGCCGCAGCUGAUGAUGCCACGCGUUUUGCGGUGUGAUCUAGACGGAGUCCGUCAGCUACUCCACCAAUUGGAAGCCGAUACUAAUAAGCAACAAAUACUGUCGAUACUCCAGGAACGUUGCGACGGCAACAGGAAUAUACUACACGCCUGCGUGCACAUGUGCGCGCCUACGUCCAACAAGGAACCUGAUAUAGUGGAAAAUUCUUCAAUGCCAAACCUGGCUGGAAAUACCGGAGGUAGCGGCGCAAGCGCCGAAGAAGCGAUGCCGGCGCUGUCAUGGCCGCCGGAGACCUUCGAGGCGUCUGGUGAUGAAGACAGCUUGAUGGGAUUGACUAACAACGGUAAAAUGUCGAGCGGCGGCAACAGCGGCGGCGCCACCGUGAGCGCUGACCCGGCGGAGCGCCGCGGCAACGCACUCGCCGCCCUGCGCGCGCUCGCAGAGAGCGCCGUCUUGCAGCCCUAUCUCAUGCAGCUGCUCACUGCUAAGGACGGAAUGGGCCAGACACCUCUAAUGGCCGCGGUAGCCGAGCGGGCGUACCGCGCGGCCCUGGUGCUGCUGGACGCGAUCCGCGCGGUGCCCGACGCGGACGAGACGCAGCGCUCGGCCGCCAUCUUCCCACCCAACGCGCACCCCGACCACUCGCCGCUCCUCGUGCUCUGCUGCAACGAUACUUGUAGCUUCACCUGGACUGGCCAGGAGCACAUUAACCAGGACAUAUUCGAAUGCAAGACAUGUGGACUCACCGGGUCGCUUUGCUGCUGCACUGAAUGCGCUAAGGUAUGCCACAAGGGCCACGACUGCAAGUUGAAGCGUACGUCCCCGACGGCGUACUGUGACUGCUGGGAGAAGUGCCGCUGCAAGGCGCUGGUGGGCGGCAACUGGGCCGCACGCUGCGACUUGCUGGCCCGCCUGGCGCGGGAUACGCAGCUAGCCACGCAUUUCAAUUCCAGAGGUGAAUCGAUCCUGCUCUUCCUGGUGCAGACGGUGGGUCGCCAGGCCGUAGAACAGCGUCAGUUCCGCGCGGGCGGCGGACGCGGCCGCGGCCCUCGCAAGCAGCCGGGCUCCGACGCCGAGGUGGAUGCGCCUGAUCAUGAUCUUGAGCCGCCGAGGUUCGCCCGACGCGCUCUCUUGCAUUUGCUCGCGGACUGGCCGGCAGUGGAGGCGGCGGUGAUGUGCGGCGCGAGCGCGACCGAGUCGGAGCCGCGGGCCGCUAGUCCCGCGCCGCACCAGUCCGGGACCACGCUGCUCGAUAAGUUCACGCAUGCGCUCAUCGUCAAGUGCACUAACGAGAUGUUGGACACUCUGCUGCACACACUGAUCAGAGAGCAACAAAACGAGACGAUCCCUGGUCGCGCGGAGCGGGCUCGUGAGGUGGCACGCCGGUUCGUGCGCUCUGUCGCGAGGAUCUUCGUCAUAUUUAGCGUCGAAAUGGCUCCUGGCGCCGCUAAGAAAAAGGGGCCUCUAUCAAUAACAUCAUCGCUGGUCCGCUGCCGCCGAGUGUUCGCGGCGCUGGUCGCUUUAGCUGUAGAAGAGCUGGUAGAAGCAGCGGACGCUCUACUCGCGCCAGUGCGGCUCGGUGUAGUGCGACCCACCGCGCCCUUCCCGCUCGCCACCACUUAUGUAGACCUCGUUAAUGGCAGUGAAGACUUGUUCGGAGUUGAACCACUUUCUACUGGACAUUCACGACUUACUCAUGCACGAAGAGAGUCGAACGCAGGGGGCGGUCGCGGCGCGGCGGCCGGUGGCACUUCCAUGGGUAGUUCAACCCUCGUACCAGAUCGUUCGUCUACCCCAGUAGCCACGGAGUACGCUGACGACGUCGCCGGCGAAGCGCUUGGCGGCGACGACGACGCCUCCGAGACUGACGAACCGAACGCGCCUGCGCCGGUCGCGCAAGCUGACGCGCAACAUGACGAUGCUAUGGGUGAUAGGGGACAAGAACAACACGUUGUAGUAGAAAACGGCACGGAGCGCGCGGAAGGCGGGGAGAGUGAAAGCGAACUAGACCUGCUCGCCGAGGUGGAGACUGAGAGCGACUCCGACGACCAGGAUAAUGCUGAGUCCGCCCAGCGUAGCGUGCAGACUGGCGCCACGCAGGGUUCCGAUGCCGGCAUAGCGUCGCUGCUGCUGUACCCCGAGGACGAGAGUGGGGACUCGACGCAGCCGGAGGACGAGGACUCGGAGGCGGGCGAGACGGACGAGCAGGACGCGGACGCCGAGCCGCCGCUACCCGACGGCGAGCCGCUGGAGCGCCGCGCCGCGCCGCCUGCCAGGCCCAACCUCGCGCCGCAUUCCAUGCAGUGGGCUAUCAGAUCUCGCGACACGUCGCGCGGUACAGGCGGCAGUACGAGCGGGGUGCGGUUGACGGGCGGGUCGUCGCUGGUGUUCAUCGACCCCGCGUCGCUGCGCCGCUCGGCCGCCGCCGCCGCCGCCGGCGCGCACGACCCGCACUCUACUUCCACCACCGCCUCCUGUUUGGCGAGAGCUUUCGGUAUAGUAAUCAGGCAGAUAGCAGACCUGCUUUGGGAAUACGAGCGUAUAACCCUGCCACUGCCGCGUAUGCUGCCGCUAGCGUACCGCGAAGCGCUGCGACUCCAGUGUUACUUGGAACGGCAGCUGAAAAACACUUGGGACUGGCUUGUCACCGUCAUGGAUGCUACUGAGGCCCAACUCAGGUUCGGCGCGUCUUUGACUUCAAACAACGCGAGCACAUCGACGAGCGAGAGCAGCCGCGCCGCGCCCGCCGCCCGUCGCACUACUUCCUUCACUUCGCCCGCCACUCGCAUCAUCGGCUUCUCCGAAGGGCCCCGCGCUAGAGACCGUGAACAAGGCGUAGAGGCAGGCAGCGCGCGGCGCGAGUUCCUAGCUUACUGCCUGUCGUUGUUGCGAGCUCACAGCGCGGAACACGCGGAGCAGCUUCCCGUGUUGGACGUGGCGGCGCUCAAACAUGUGGCCUACGUGCUGGACGCGCUCGUUUACUACAUGCGAGCUGCGCAGCCGCAGCCGCACCAUCAUCACCACGUCUGGACACCGGAUGAGAAUGAAAACGAAGAAGGCGACGAGGAGAUGGUAGUGGGCGGCGGCGCGGCCGCCGAGUCUGACGGCGAGGGCGAGGGCGCCCGCGGCCGCGCGCACGCCUUCUUCCAGCGGUCCGACUCUACGCUGUGUCUCGGAUGUCCGCCGCCAGAUCCUUUCAAUAUGACGAUGCAAGACGCUCUACCACUAGCGGACCAGCCGCAGCUGCUGCAGCCGAACGCCCGCCGCGAGGAGCUGUUCGGCAUGCCGCGCCAGCCCGUCACCGUGCCCGCCUCGGGCGACGGCCCGCCCGGGGUCAACAACCCGCUCGAAGUGGUACCCCGGCGCCUGGGCCUCUCCACCCGCGGCACAGAGCGCGGCUGGUCGCCGCCGCCGCGCCCCGCCUCCGCGCCGCCCACACAUUCACACACCCUCACUAGAGAUGAGCCACAGGACUUAUCAUGUGCUAAAGACACUGCGACAAAAAUGGAUAUUGACACAGAUGGUGAAUACUUAUCGGACUCUGACUCUAAUGAAGCAAGACAAAUAACUAGGAAAAAACUACACAGACACCCGCACACGAUGUCCGCGGGCAGCAGUUCUCACGACACGAGCGCGCCGCCCUCGGAGUUCCACACGCUGGUCGACACCGCGUGCUCCAUCAUCGAGGCGCCACACCAACAGACCGCCUCGUCUUCACCUGCAGCCAGCGGUUCAAGCUCGUCGGCGGAGCCGCGCGCAACCUCCUCGCGCAGUCCCGGCAAGACUGUCAUUGUACGUGCUGGUGAACUCUUGAGUGCAGCAGACCCACUGGAGUCGCAAGAGAUAUCGGCGCAUGUGACUGUAGAGACGACUGGAUUACCGCCGCCGCCGCUCCUGCCGCCGCUAAGCACGCCAGCACAACCUCGCGCGUGCCCAUCACUCGGCGCAUCAGUGUCGCACGACCUACUGCUGGGUCGCUGGCGGCUGUCGCUGGACCUGUUCGGCCGCGUGUUCACGGAGGACGUGGGCUUGGAGCCCGGCUCUGUGGUCGCUGAACUAGGCGGCUUCCCCGUCAAGGAGGUCAAGUUCCGACGCGACAUGGAGAAACUCAGGAAUUCGCAGCAGAGAGAUCUCACUUUGCAUAAGAUGGAACGGGACAGGGCCAAGCUUUUGCAACAGACCUUCGCAGAGCUGAACAGCGCGUUCGCGGGACAGAAUCGUCGAGCUCACAGCGCUCAGCCGCCGCUCGCUGUCAACCGCGUGAAGGUCACCUUCAGAGACGAGCCCGGCGAAGGUAGCGGUGUCGCGCGCUCCUUCUACACUAGUGUCGCUGAGGCUCUGCUAGCCAACGAGAAACUGCCCCCUCUGGAGCCGACCACCGGCAGCGGCGGCAACAGCAAUACCACGAACGGCACGGCGGGGGCCGCCGGGCCUGCCGCCGGCGGCACUAGCAGCAAUAGUGGCGCACGAAGCGGGGCGGGACGUGCUCGUUCCAAAGACGCCACUCGCCGCACUCCAGGCAGACCGGCGCCGCGCCCGCCAGCCGCGCGCGAGCCGCGACGCGUGCUCAGCGUCGAUGCCAGACCUUACUCGCCACAGGCCGCCCCUGGCACGGAAGGCGCCGGCUACAGCGGUGAGCGCCCCGGAGGACAUAACGAACAUCUCACGCUGCAUCAAGCACAACUAGGCGAACGACUGUAUCCUAAAGUUCACUCUCUUCACCCGACGUUCGCGGGCAAAAUCACGGGCAUGCUGUUAGAGCUAACGCCGGCGCAGCUGCUCGUGCUGCUGGCCAGCGAGGACGCGCUGCGGCAGAAAGUUCGCGAGGCCAUGGACCUCAUAGUCAUGCACCCCUCCGAGGCAAUAUUAGGCGACAACCCGGCAGAUCUGGACGUGUUCUCGUUGUCGGAGCGCGGCGCGGCGGCGGGCGCGGCCGGCGCGGCGGGCGGCUCCGCGGCACAGGACGACGCCGCGCCGCUGUUCUACUCGCCCGGCAAGCGCGGUUAUUACUCCCCGCGCCAGGGCCGCGCCACGCCCGAGAGAAUCAACGCAUUUAGGAAUGUUGGCAGGAUCGUCGGUCUCUGCCUGCUACAAAACGACUUGUGCCCGAUGUUCCUGAACCGCCACGUGCUGAAAUACUUGCUAGGACGACCAAUCCGGUUCCACGACUUGGCGUUCUUCGACCCCGUUGUGUACGAGAGCCUGCGACAACUGGUCGUCGACGCCGAAACCGGAGACUCGCAUUCUCUAUUUGCGGCCCUCGAUCUCAACUUUAGUUUGGAAAUGUGCGAGGAGGAGGGUGGCGGGUGCGUGGAGCUGAUCCAAGGCGGGCGCGACGUGGAGGUGACGGCGCUCAACGUGUACGACUACGUGCGAAAGUACGCGCAACACCGCAUGCUGCUCUCACAGGAAAAGGCGCUUGAGGCGAUGCGUAUGGGCGUGCUAGACGUCCUUCCGGAAUCCGCUUUGGAGGGUUUGACGGCUGAAGAUCUUCGGUUACUGCUGAACGGCGUUGGCGACAUCAACGUGGCCGCUCUCGUGUCCUACACUAGCUUCAACAACGAGAGUGGCGAGCCGCCCGAACGCCUCGCCCGCUUCAAACGCUGGCUCUGGGCCAUCGUAGACAAAAUGACUCAUCUUGAACGACAGGAUUUGGUUUACUUCUGGACGGGAUCUCCUGCCCUGCCCGCGUCGGAGGAAGGCUUCCAGCCCAUGCCGUCGGUGACGAUCCGGCCGGCGGACGACGCGCACCUGCCCACCGCCAACACAUGCAUCUCGCGGCUCUACAUCCCACUCUACUCCUCGCGCCACGUGCUCAAACACAAGCUGCUACUCGCCAUCAAGACUAAAAACUUUGGCUUCGUUUAGACAGUAACUGCUAGCUGCCAUGUCUCAUUGUAUCUCUUUUAGUUUUAAGCCCAGUUAUGUGAGACUGCCGCUGUAAUAUUACAUUUUUGUGACAACCACUAAUGGAAUAGCAGUAAACUUAGACACUUACUCAUACUUAGUAUGUUAUAUUUAUUUAUGAAACUUAAUUGAGCAUGACUGGGCACUUUGACUGAAUAGUAAUAUUCAAUACACAGUAAUUUUUUUGCUAAAGAGAACGGCCAUGAUGAGGGUUCGCACAAGUACAUUUGUAUUUUUUACACUGUAAGAUCUUUACCUGAUAAGUAUUUAAUUACUAGAAAUUACAAUCGAGAAAAGUUGAGUUAAAAAUCAAGAUAACCUCCUUUCUAAAGCAAAAAAUUGUUUGUAUCUUUUACUAAAAUUACUUUGACGUUAUGGCCUACAGGAGUGCAUUUGUACGCUUUCAUUAUUUAUGUCGUUCGUGAUGGUAAACAGGCAGCGUGAAUCUAAAAUAUCGAGCUGUUAAUAUAGCUUUGUUAUAUAUAGUAAACAAAUAUUAACGAUAGAGUAUGAUGGGUAAAACUGCUAUGAUUUGGGUAAGCUUGGGCAGAGGCGUCGGAUCCCGGCUACGGUGGUUUUUGUGAUAUCAGAGGAAGUAUUUAUGCGCCUCUUCUAAAUCUAAGAAUAUAAUUAGAUUUUCCCUUUGAUUAGUUGUAUUAUGGUUCAUAAUAAACAAUCUCAAAAUGCUUA